UAUUUCUCCAAGGAGUAGAUAUUGGCAUGAAGUGUAAUGCAGAUUACGAGUGUCGGACUGGAAAUGGAGGACCAUAUUCUAAAUGUCAUAGACGGACGUCUACUUGUAUAUGUACAGUAAAUAUGUUUGGGAAAAACAAAUGCGACCAGUUUGAAGACACUUCCUUUCAUUCGUUGUACAAGUAUAGCAAAAUGUCAUCACUCGAAUGUUCACAAGAGGAUGAUAAUCAGGUCUUAAACGUCUAUCCUCUGAUGUUUCAAAUGCAAAUGGAGCAAUUCAGUGAAGCAGUAAACGAUAAAAAGACAUGGUCUUGCUAUGAUCCGGAGAGAGCUUUCAACACCAUACCUGAUGGAAUAGAGAUAAGAAAUUCUUCAGUUCAUGGUUCAGGAGCAUUUACAAAUAUUUUUAUCAAAAAAGGAACCGUAUUUGGUCCGUGUAAAGGUUUCUUUGCAAAGGGAAACAUAACGACAGACUCUUCAGUUUGGAGUUGGAAGAUCGACAAAAAUAAGGAUGAUCCCGUAGACUACUGGAUUGAUGCAAGACAUAUUUACCUGUCUAACUGGUUACGAUUUGUUAACAUGGCACCAAAGGUGGAUUUAAUAAACCUUACUCCCUUCAAGUACGAAGGUUAUGUUUACUAUUACGCUUCCAGAUCAGCAAAUCCAGGUUCAGAACUAUUAUCGUUUUAUGGCGCAUACAAAAAUGAUAAAACCCCGUACUUUCUAUAUGAUGGCGUAGCUGGAUAUGUAGGAGGAUCUUGCAACAACUCUGGACAAGAAUGUGAACAUGAUAAAAAUGCGUUAUGUUUAGGAGUUAUCUGUGGAUGUAAAUAUGGGACACACAAAAGACACUAUUUGUGUGUUGAAGAUGAAACACUAGGAGGAAUUUGCACAGGCUCUGAUGGAGAAGUAUGUAAAAAUGACAUUAAUGCAGAAUGUCAACGUGGAGUUUGUGUUUGUAAUGAAGCGUCUAGUAUUCUAAAUUGGAAGUGUGUACCAGAUGAAGCUUUAGGCGGCAGAUGCAGUAGUCCGAAUGGCGCUACAUGCAUUCAUGAUGUAAAUGCUGAGUGUAUAGAUGGUUUAUGCCAGUGUAAAUAUGCUUCAACUGACAUAGAGGGUAAAUGUAUGAAAAAUGAAAUGUUUGGUGGGAGAUGUAUUGCAACUCAACAAUCUGAGCCUUGUUUAUUUGACCCAGAUGCAAUUUGUCAUGACGGUUACUGUGUGCAUGUUGUAAUACAAGAGACCAAAGACAAUGAUGAAGUCAGUGGGUCAUGUGUAACGGGAGAUAAGCUCUCAGACAAAGUCACCAAUUUACUACCAGGCGGGUAAUGAUAUGUAUAGUAG